CUCUUUGCGAGUGGAGUGGGGGGCGGAAUGUACCCCUCUGGAGGCAAUGUCUUGGCGCUGCUGCAUGAUAGCACUGACAGCUUUGUUGGCGACUCGGGGGAUCUCAAGCGGCAGCAGUGGGAGGCGGAGCUGCAGCAGGAGCUGGCGCUGCAGAGAGAGGAGAAGCGCAAGCAGAUGUCGCGAUCCAGCAGCAACACCAGUGCGGCCGGCAGCACUGGCACAAGCAUCAGCGCCAGUGCAAGCAUUAGUGCCAGUGCGAGCGCCAGUGCGAGCGCCAGUGCUAGCGGGUCAAGAGAGUUCUUUGGACCUCCCGGCUCCCUCUCCUCCCCUCGCCGGAACUCACCUUUCUAGCCGCCAGAAGCAAUCUAUGGUAAGCCCCCGAAAUAGCCUCAAAAUCCCUGCAAAGUCCAAGUCUUGACGUCCUAUUCUAACCCACACCUUCCAUCCACCUGCCCACUCAACGAGGCUAAUGCCGCACUAACCGGUCCUCUUCUUCACCCUGCAGCAGCCGCAGCAGCAGUAGCCAUCUCAACUCCAUUCUUGAUCCAAACCCCAAACCACCUAACCCAGCCCAGCACACCUAAUUGGUUGGUGACACCUACCUAGCUCGCAUAUCCCUUGCUUGUGCUGAUCCCAGGUUCUUAUCUAGAGGCUGUUGGUUUGCAAUGCUACUUAUGUGUACUAGGAUGGUUGGUUGCACA